AUGCCUCGGGGGAGCUCUUCGGAAUUAGCUGAGAGCGGAUCGAGAAGGACGGCUAGCGACGAGCCUGGGCCCGGAACUACGGAGCGGGAAUAUGUGGACAGCGCAAUAAAUCAGACAUAUACGCCGCUAGCGCAGCCCACAGGACCGACGCCGAGCCGAUUGACACAGCCCAGAACAAGCAAGUCGAGAGCUCUCGAACGACUCCUGGCCGAUCCAAAUCGGGUACAGAGAAGUGGGGAUCGAGGCGAAAACAGGAAGGCGGAUCUUCCAAGUCAGAGCUCUCGAGGCGAAAGGACUGGCUCGUCUCUAACAUCCGUACCUGUGUUGCGUUGUGAGACGGAAAUCUAG